AUGUCACUACAUGCUGGUCGAGCUGAGGAAAGAAAAUUGGAAUUUGCAGUCAAGACUUUCUUCGCCGGAGGUAUUGCUGGAAUGUGUUCAAAAACGUCAGUGGCUCCUCUUGAUAGGAUAAAAAUACUGCUCCAAGCUCACAACAGACAUUACAAACAUUUAGGUGUAUUCUCAGGAUUACAGGAAAUUAUAAAACGAGAGACUUUUUUUGCAUUGUACAAAGGAAAUGGAGCACAGAUGGUCAGGAUAUUUCCAUAUGGAGCUCUACAGUUCACAUCAUUUGAAUUUUAUAGUAAAUGUUUAGGAGAUCUAUUUGAGAAACGUUCACACAUAGACAAAUUCUUAGCUGGAUCAUGUGCAGGCGUCACGGCAGUUACCUUUACCUACCCACUUGAUAUUAUCAGAGCUCGCUUAGCUUUUCAAGUAACUGGAGAACAUGUUUAUUCUGGAAUAGCUCAUGCUGCAGCUUCUAUUUUUAAAGAGGAAGGAGGAAUCAGAGCCCUAUACAGAGGAUUUGUGCCAACAAUUAUGGGCAUGAUGCCUUACGCAGGUCUCUCGUUUUAUGUUUUUGAAAAAUUAAAAUAUCUGAGCAUGAAAUAUGCACCACAGUACCUCUGCAAUAAAUGCGACAAAAACACUGGUGGACUCGUUUUAUCCCUGCCAGCUAAAUUUCUUUGUGGAGGAUUUGCUGGUGCGGUUGCACAAACGUUUUCUUAUCCUCUUGAUGUUACCAGAAGACGAAUGCAAUUAGCCAUGAUGAAUCCAGACACUCACAAAUACGGUUCUAGUAUGAUGUCAACGUUAGGAAUAAUCCGCAAUGAAAAUGGUUUUAUAAAAGGCCUGUUUCGUGGAAUGAGUGUAAAUUAUGUACGAGCUGUUCCAAUGGUAGCAGUUAGUUUUACAACGUAUGAAAUUAUGAAACAGUUAUUGAAUUUAGAUACAGGCAUAUCGGUUUAACAAUAGUUCGUGAAAUAGUUACCAAUAGACAAAAACUAUAGCUAGUAAUGCUAGAUAAGAAAUUGAUUAGAAAUUAAUACACGAAAUUCUAAAAAUUUUGAUAAACUUAAUUAAGUAACAGGUAGGAAGGGAAGAACUAAAACUGGUGUAUGCUUCAAAAGCAAUCACAAAUUGACUGUGACAUUAAAUUUUGUAUCUGCUGACUAGUUCAAUUGUCAUAAAUUUAGUAGUAUCUAUUUAAUCAAUGAUGCAAGAGUACUAAACUCAUUACUUUAAUUUCAACAAUUAUACUUACUUUUAAGCAGAACAAAAAUCAAAAUGUUACCAAUGAAUAACGAGAGUGACUGUUAAAUUUUAAUGACAAUUACUGAUGUAAUCAGUAUGCCAGGAAUUUGUAAAAGGAGCGUCAGAAGCACAAGGUUUAUAAAUGUGUGUACGAUAUAUAAAGACGGAAUAAAAAGAUGUAUCCAUCAAAAUGACAAUGAAAAUGUACACUCUAAAAAUAAAUAUUACUUUUGUAAACAUCUUGUUACACAUAACAUUUCAUAAAAAUGAGAAAAUAAUAUGAUUACAUUGAAUGUCGAAUUUUAGUGUAUGUAAAUUCAAUUUAGAGUACAAAUAUUGAUCAUUCAUAGGUGAAUAUUAAUUUAAAAAUAAAAUGUAACGUGCUGAAGUGUGUUCACUCCUGAGACAAAAGACAAUAGCAUAAGUAUUUUUAUACAUUUUCAUUUAAGUCUAUCGAUGUAAAAAUAUUUCAUAUGUUGUAAUUGCAUGUAUUCUUUAAGCACAUGGGUAAGAAACAUAUGUAUAUGUAUAAAUAAAUUUUGAAGUUACGUAAAAUA